AUUUUCAUACACCGGCGUAAUCUCCCUCACAGUUCUCUCAACAGUUUAAAACACUAAACCAGUUUUCUCCCAUCUUCUUCCCUAUCUCCCCGCGGGAAAACUCUGUACUGGUUGUUCGAUUUCCUUCCGGCAAUGUUGCCGUCGCCGCCUGAGGUCUGACUCUGCCUCCGACUACAGUUCUUCUCGCCAUGGCUCUCUCUGCCUCUGCGCCGCAGAGCCUGAAGCUUCGGAUUCUCUCGUGCCUCACCAAGCUCUCCGACCGAGAUACCUACUCCCUUGCUGCAUCCGACCUUGAAUCUAUUGCUCAGAGUCUUGACGCGAAUUCCUUACCGGUUUUCCUUUCAUGUAUAUACUCCACUGAUGCUUCGGAUAAAUCGCUGGUGAGGAAGCAAUGCAUUCGCCUCUUUGCUGUUCUGUCAGAGACUCAUGGAAAUUCUCUUUCUCCAUACCUCUCGAAGAUUCUCUCCAAUAUCACACGCCGGUUCCGCGAUCCUGAUUCGUCGGUCCGAUCCGCGUGUGUUAACUCUGUAGCGACAUUAGCUUCCAGUGUUACCAAAUCGCCGUUUUCGACGUUUUUGAAGCCUUUAACUGAUUCGCUUUUCACGGAGCAAGAUUCUAAUUCGCAGAUCGGAGCGGCUCUGUGUUUGGCUUCGGCAAUUGAUUCUGCACCGGAUCCGGAUCCGGUUAAGCUCGGCAAGCUUUUGCCGAGGUUCGAGAAGCUUUUGAAAUGCGAUAGUUUCAAAGCAAAGUCGGCUCUCUUGACAUUGAUCGGGAGUGUUAUUGGAGUUGAUGGAGCUUUCGGUAAUGGAGCUCUGAAAAUUUUUGUCCCGUGCUUGGUUGCAUUCCUUAGCAGUGAGGAUUGGGCGGCGAGAAAAUCUGCUGCGGAGGCGCUCGGUAAGCUAGCAGUCUUGGAGAGGGAUGCUCUGGCGGAGUUCAAGGCUGGUUGCUUGAAAACGUUCGAGAGUAGGCGAUUCGAUAAGGUUAAGGCUGUACGGGAGGUAAUGAAUCAGAUGCUCGAGGCAUGGAAGCAGAUUCCUGAUCUCUCGGAUGAGGCGUCUGCGCCAGCUUAUUCCCAAGCUUCCUCGAAAGAAAUCGCAAGUGAUGGACGUUAUCCACCUGGAUCCAAGAAUAAUUCUUCUGCUCGUCUUGACUCUCCUACCCCGAGGAAGAACGCCGGUCCAGUUUGUAGGUCUACACCGCCGGAUGCCUCACCUGCGAUGACAGCGAGAAGGAGAAGCCCUUUGAGUGCUGGUGACAAGAAAGCAAGUUUGUCAAUGCUCCAAAAGGUUGAGCGUAAAAAGCGUCUGGACUGGAAAGUAGAAGUCUCUGCUAGGAAAUCUCCCUCAGGAGAACUGAAGGAAAGAGAUGAAAACAUUCCGGAUAGAAGGAUUAGUGAAAACACCAAGAUUACGAAACCAGAAACAAGACGGGCACUCUUCAAUAAGAUUUCUGACGAUAAUAUGAUUAAAUUCGGUGGGCUCAGGUCUGGAUCUCGCGUAGUUCCUUGUCCAGAUGAGGGCCAUGAGUCGACUGUUGUAACAAGUAAUGCAACCGACGAUCUGCACAGGAACCACAAAGACUCCGAAGAAUUGCAUUUGAUCCGUAACCAGCUUAAUCAAAUAGAAAAGCAGCAAUCCAGUCUUCUAGAUAUCCUCCAGAACUUCAUUGGGAGUUCACAAAACGGAAUGCGAUCCUUGGAGACGCGUGUGCAUGGUCUGGAACGGGCCUUGGAUGAGAUCUCAUAUGAUCUGGCUGUAUCAAGUGGAAGGAUGUCUUAUGCUAACACCCCCACAACUACAUGUUGCCUGCUACCCGGAGCUGAUUUUUUGAGCUCAAGGUUCUGGAAAAGAGCAGAGGGCAGACAGUCAUCGUCAAAGUUCUCAACUCCCAUUGGUGCAACUCCAUUGGCUCCAAUGCGCAGCAGAUCAGGUGAUCGCCAUGGAGCUAAUGUGGAUGCUGGAUUUAUGACUCCAGAGAACCAUAGGUUUCAGGUCCAGCGAAGGGGUGGCUUUAUGGUGAAUCCAUUGGCUUUGAGACAAGGUGAACCCAGGGUUGUCUCAAAUGCGGCACUUCCUUGAACAAUUGGAUCAGAAGGCACUAAAGAGCUUGCUGCUAUGAAUUUUCUCAUGCCUUUGCCUUGGGAAUCUAAAGCAUUCCUUUGGAACUCUCAAGUGAUGCAGAAAGCAACUACCAUGAUUUAUGUUGUCGAGGUAAUGAAUUCCGUUUUGGAUUUAAAAUAUUCUCUGGUAUGUCUAAACCAAGUGAUCUGAAAAAUUUCAGUGAGAAGUCCUACAAAAUUUGAGUGAGCUGUCAAGUUAAGUUUAUCCUUUUUCUUUUAUUACCUUUUUUUUUGGAAUUUGAUUGAAAUUGGAAAAAAAAAAAGGAGUAUAUUACCGAAAUGCCAAAUAUCCUAAUAUAGAGAGGGUGAUUAUUGAUAUGUACAUAGGAACCAGAAGACAAGGCCUUUUCACUCCCCUUUACACUUACUCUCCGGGGGGUGCGAGGUCUCUUCAAUUGGUUGAAACAUUUCUUGAA